AUGAAGGCUGUAGCUCUCUUCAUUUUUCUUGUAGGACCAGCUUUUGCUAUUCCAAGCCAUCCCUUAAACUACAAACUCAGAACCCAUGGACAGAAGACUCCAGAAAAGGCUGAAGAUAUUCACCUUGAAGCCUCAAAGGAAGCAAUCACAGGGUAUGCUAACAAUGGUGAUUUGCUGUCCAGCCUGAAAAGGGCUCAAAAUCCAGAAGUAUCAGUACCAGAUGCUGAGAACAUAGGUGAGCUCCAGGCCACUGGAAAACAAGGAAGAACAGGGAGUGAGCAUCAAGUGAAAAAUGGCCUAAAAAGCAUCAACUUCCUUGUGAUGUACAAUAAACCAGGCUUGGCUUCCAAUAAGCAGGAUAGUGACUCCGGAAGCAGCAGCAGACAACAGUCCAGCUCUGAGCAUUACCAGUUCAGGAGGCAAGAGAAACACAGCAAUACAGCUAAACCGCAUGUUCUGGGCAAUGCAGAAAAUCCAGUGGAUGCCCUCAGUCUUGAUCAUGAGCAUAACACAUGGAAAUAUAAUAAAAAUACAGUUGGGCUAUCUGAAAAAAACAGUGAAAGUGAUGAGGAAGAACAUGUGGAAGAGGAGGAGGAGGAAUGGGGUGAAGAAACUGAUUACAGAGAUACAAAUUACAAAGGCUACCAGACAAAUCAAGGUAACCAAUACAAAAUACAGCAAAAUGAAAACAGCAUGCAAUCUGAUGAAAGCCUGAGAGAUACCAGUCAACCAAGCCAGAUAGCCAAGAGACAUGGUGAGAAAUUUGACCUAGAGGAAGAAGAGAAGAACAACCAGAAGAAGCACUAUAAAGAAGAAAUCCUCUCUCAAAAAACAAGCAAUGAAGAUCAGGAUGACAAAUGGCAAAGCCAAGAGAGGAAAGACAAUAUUAAAGUAAACUAUCAGAGUGAUCACUACACAGUAGUGAAACGACAAGAUACAGAGGGCGAUAAUGUUGAUGAUGAUGGUCAUGACAGUGGUGAUGUUGAUAGUGAGGAAUAUCUCAGCAAUACCUGGAAAGAAGCAGCCUAUGAGGAAGAGGAGAGAAUCCAGAGUAAUGAGCAGGAGGCCACCAGUACUGAGCAUGAAGCGGAAGAAACCACCAAAGAUGACACUGCAGUUCAUAUAGAGACUGAGGAUUACAAAGAUGUCAAGAUUAAAGACCUUAUUCACUCUGAACAAGAUGAUUAUGAUCAUGAGCCACCUAAUUCUGACAGCAAUCAACAACUAGAAAUAACUAGCUCUGUUCAGAGCAUGAAUUCAAUGGAAAGUGAAGAUAAGGUUAAGUCCACAGGCGGUUCCAAUGGUGAGAUGGAAAGUGCAAGCAACAGGCGUGAGAAGGCUUUCCUGGGUAAGCCAGACCCAUGUAGGAACUUCCAUUGCAAAAGAGGUAAAGUGUGCCAUGUGGACAAACAAGGGAAACCCAGCUGUAUUUGCCAAGAUCCUGCUGCUUGCCCUUCCACCGAAGACUACGAGCACGUUUGUGGCACAGAUAAUAAGACCUAUGAUGGCACAUGUCAACUCUUUGGCACCAAAUGUCAACUUGAAGGGACAAAAAUGGGACGCCAGCUGCACCUCGACUAUUUGGGCUCCUGCAAAUACAUCCCACACUGUACUGAUUAUGAAGUGGAUCAGUUCCCCCUCCGGAUGAGAGACUGGCUCAAAAACAUUCUUAUGCAAUAUUAUGAACGGGAUCUGGGUACUUCCAGAUUUCUAACUGAAAAGCAAAGGAAUAAGGUCAAAAAGAUCUACGAGAAUGACAAGCGCCUCAUAGCUGGCAACCAUGCUGUUGAGCUGCUCCUGCACGACUUUGAGAAACAUUAUCACAUGUAUGUGUAUCCUGUGCACUGGCAGUUCCAUCAGCUUGAUCAGCACCCUGUUGACAGAUUAUUAACACACUCGGAGCUUGCACCUUUGAGAGCCUCCCUUGUUCCCAUGGAACAUUGCAUAACCCGUUUCUUUCAAGAGUGCGAUGGAGACCAUGAUAAACUCAUUGCUUUGAAGGAAUGGUGCCACUGCUUUGGGAUUAAGGAAGAAGACAUAAAUGAAAAUCUCCUGUUCUGA